GUGAAAACGAAAUCAGAGCAUUUCCUCAUUUCUCAGCUCAUGUGAUUUGAUCUGCGAGUCGCAGCUGCAGUCACUGUAUGUGUGAGCCCCCGUGUGUCCCAGCCCUGGGGUGGCAGUGAGGACACUGGACAGGCCCCUGGCGUCCCUCCGCUGGUUCUGUGCUCCCUGAGCUGGCAGAAGGCUGCCCAGGUGCUGUAAAACACAGCGGUCAAGCACAGCCCCACUCCAGCUCUGAGCCCGUGGCUCCCAGUGCCUGUGCGGCAUUGCACCAACUCCCUGGGCCCGGCUGCACAAGAUGGAGCUGCUCGCAUACGUUGCCUUCCUGGCCGUGCUGGCAGUGGUGCUGGGGCAGCCUGACUCCACGCUGGAUUGGCACUGGCAGCUCUGGAAGAAAGCCCAUGGUAAAGAGUAUCGUCACCAGAAAGAGGAAGGGGAGCGACGCGUGACGUGGGAGAGGAACUUGCGCCUCGUGACGCUGCACAACCUGGAGCACUCCCUGGGGCUGCACUCCUAUCAGCUAGGCAUGAACCACCUGGCUGACAUGACCAGUGAGGAAGUGUCUGCUCUGCUGACUGGGCUGAAAGUUCCCCACGGACACAACCGGUCCUCCAUGUACCAACCGCAGCUAGGCGGCAGCAUCCCGGACACCAUGGACUGGCGAGAGAAGGGCUGUGUCACGGAGGUGAAGAACCAGGGUGCCUGCGGGUCAUGCUGGGCCUUCAGUGCUGUGGGAGCCCUUGAAGCCCAAGUGAAGCUGAAAACGGGGAAGCUGGUGUCCUUGAGCGCACAGAACCUGGUUGACUGCUCCAUGAUGUAUGGGAACAAGGGCUGCAGUGGAGGUUUUAUGACCAGAGCUUUCCAGUACAUCAUAGACAACAAUGGGAUUGACUCGGAUGAAUCCUACCCAUACAUGGCUCAGCAGGCAGAGGUUUCCAGUGAACUACAUUUAGACAGUUUUUUGAAAAGCUUCUGUAACGGGACAUGUCAAUAUAAUGUUUCCACACGAGCUGCCACUUGCUCCAAGUAUGUUGAGCUCCCAUAUGCUGAUGAAGCAGCCCUGAAAGAUGCUGUAGCCAAUAUUGGACCAGUCUCUGUUGCCAUUGACGCAACCCAGCCCACAUUCUUCUUGUACAAGUCAGGUGUGUAUGAUGACCCACGGUGCACACAGGAGGUGAAUCAUGGAGUACUCGUGAUUGGUUAUGGCACCCUAAAUGAUAAGGAUUACUGGCUUGUGAAAAACAGUUGGGGUGUGCGUUUUGGUGACGAUGGCUAUAUCCGCAUGUCAAGAAACCAUGCAAACCACUGUGGGAUUGCCAGUUAUGCCUCUUACCCACAAAUAUAGAAAGACCUCGUGCUUUGGAGAGGACUCCUGUGGCUUCAGUUAAACUGCUGGUGCUAUGCUUGUAUGAAUCUACUGACUUCAAGAAUCAUUCAAGAAUCAUUUUCUGAUCUUCUAUGGGCAAACUCCUUCUGCUAGUUCAGCUUGUGCUACAGACUGAGAGGGGGUCCUUUGUGUGGAUCUGGUGGGAGGAUUUUGGAGUAUGAUUUACAGAUACCAAGUGACUUCUUUUUGGGGGAAAAAAAAAAGUGUUUGUUUUUUUUUUUUUUUUUUCAGAGUUAAACUCUGAUACCUACAGUUAUAAUGGAGAUCUUAUUUUCUUCUCUCCAGUUCAGCACUGAGUACUACUAUCACGACAUGGAUAUUAUUUUAGCUCUGUGUGAUGAUGUCUAUGAGAUUGCAGGCUUUGUUUGAAAAAUAAAAGAUCAGUUUCACCAUCCCAAAA